AUGACGCGUCGAGCCCGCACGAGAGACCUGGUGCACCGUUACCAACUUGAGCAACGAGGGCGCUCGGCAGUGAUUCGGCUGUCUGCCGACGUUGUGGACCAGCUCGGAAACCUGGAGACCGCGAGCGCGGCGAGUACGCAGAAGAACAGCACCAGGAGCGCGUACUCAGGCGCAAGCAGUAUCGGCAGCGAGUUCAUCAACGAUCAGAUUCCGCUGCAUCAGAGAGAGGUGGCGAAGAUUCAGUCGCAGAUGAAGAGCUUCGUCAAGGGCAUGGUCCGUGGCCGUGAGAUGAACGUGCUGUCGGCCGUACUGGCCAAGCUCUGCACUUGCCAACGAAAGUCGCGCAAAGACCAAAGAGAGUCACCACGAAUCCGAGUCGUUUUGUUUUCCAUGUUUUCCAUACCCAAAGUCUCUGCGACACUGAGCCCAGAGCCAAUGCAGUGCUUCGGGGAUGGCUGGAGAUGCUGGAGCACCCUUGCGUCGAGUUGCCGUCGCCUCCUCGCUGCGCAAGCUGUCGAGGCUCCGGCCAAUGUUGCAGGAGCCGAGCCACGCUCCGGAGGCAAAAGGUCUCAGAAGAAAAAGGCCUUGCAGGCAAACUCAGCUUCUCAAGCAUCAGGUCGGCGUGGACCUAGUGGGCAGGUCAUUGCUGUGAUCCGUUUCAUCGGGCACAAGGUAGUGAUGUUUCGCCUGGGGGCCCCGCUCGCCCUGCCGCUUCUGGGCCUGCUCCUUCCUGCGGCAUCGCUUCCCUUCGCCGAAGACGACGAGUGCGACGGCAGCGACGGCUCCGAAUGUGCCUUGCAGGCUUUGCAAAGACGUGCAGUGCAAGGUGAGUCCUCUUCCGAAGUCUCCCUGGGAGAGUCCAACAGCAGCUUCCGCUACUGCCACGAAAGCUGUUGGUUGAAGUACGGCUUUGUGAAAGGAGACUGCAGAUGCGACGUGCACAGGGGUUGGUACAUGUGGAUAUGUUGGAAGCGGAAUGGGGUGCGCAUUAAGCCGGAGUACGGCCAUCAGUUCAACUGUCAUGGCCUGACACAUGCGGCCCCGGCACCACCCCCACCGCCCCCACCAAAGGAGUAUACAUCCUCCUACAAUCCCAAGUACCGCGUGAGAAACCCAGAGCUGGUGAAUGCCAGUACUGCUCCGCUCAUGACGUUCCAUCUCUACCGCGUUCAAAGUGAUGCCAACUAUAGCUGUUGUGCAAAUGCUGACUUGACGACGGCUGGUGCAGCCAUGUUCUAUUUGCACAACGAGAUCGUCUGGCACGCCAAGUCGCGAGCUGGUACGAAUUUUGCAGACCCGAAAACGCGAAUUCGUCGGUACAAAGUGUGGACACGAGCCACGCAGCCUUUGUUCGACCUCGGCAUGAACUUCGGCGUCAUGAACGAGUUCGACAUUACAGAGUGCACCGGCCCCUUCGAUUGCGAGAACUUUAAGCGCUUUGGGUACACGGUUGGCUGCGAGAACUGGGUUGAAGGAUCAGCUGCGAACUUCCCACAUCAAAAGUGGAACAAGUUGAACUUCUAUCCGAAUGCUGCAUGGUUCAGCUUGCCAGGCCCAUGCCCCUUUGGCAAGCUGGACGCGAAAAGUGCAAGCUGCAAGGCAACUCAGCCGGGUGGCCAGUGUCCCGAGGGUAUUUUCCCAGAUGGAUCAGGGGACUGCACCUACCAAAUCGCUCCUGCUGGAGAGAUCCGCAUCGAUGACUUGGUCGGCAUCACAGAGGAGACUGGCAACUACGCCAAUUUCAUCAAGGUAGGCGGACGUGAAUACGAUCCAGUCAUCGACCAGGGUGUCCACUUGAACUUCUGGGACGGACGGUUUGAUGCAAUGCUUUGUGAAUGGCGGACCAAGAAGCUGGAAGACAUGUUUGCAAAGAAGUAUCCGGACGAUCCGACCAUCGAAGCGCCGGAGUGUGACUUCAACAAGUGGAAGUUCUAUCACGGCACUUCGCACAAGCCGUGA